CACUCAUUCAUUCUCUGCAACAAAAAAAGCUCUCUCAUUUUCCUUGGAUAAUUUAAGUAAAUUAUAAUUUCAAAAAAAGAAAUAAGUAAAAUUAAUCUAUUAAAAAAAAUUAAGCAAGUAUUUUAGAAAAAGGCAGCCUACAACCCUUUAUUCUGAUUAUUUUAGGAUCACUAUAAAAACCCCGUUCUAGGGUUCCUUCUCUUCCUUUCUGUGAUUCAAAUCCCCAAUUUGAAGCCACCUGCCUGCCCCUUUCUCAAUUCGCCGGAAUGAAGCUCAUCGUCAAAACCCUAAAAGGCAGUCACUUUGAAAUUAGGGUUCAGCCCAAUGAUACCAUUAUGGCUGUGAAGAAAAACAUAGAAGAUAUACAAGGGAAAGACAAUUAUCCAUGUGGGCAACAGCUGUUGAUUCAUAAUGGGAAGGUUUUGAAAGAUGAAACUACUUUAGCUGAAAAUAAAGUAUCUGAAGAUGGUUUUCUGGUUGUCAUGCUUAGCAAGAGCAAGUCUUUGGGUUCAACUGGAGCCUCUUCUGCUCAGCCUGCUUCAUCAACUCCAUCUACCACUGUUCCUGCUUCGGCACCUUCUUCAAAUUCUACACCUGCCACAGGAGCUCCUGCACAAGCAUCUCAACAAACCGAUACCUAUAGUCAAGCUGCUUCGAAUUUAGUUGCUGGUAAUAAUCUUGAGCAGACUAUCCAACAAUUGAUGGAUAUGGGUGGAGGCAAUUGGGACAAAGAAACUGUAACUCGUGCACUUCGAGCUGCUUAUAACAACCCAGAGCGAGCAGUGGAUUAUCUAUAUUCUGGGAUUCCUGAAUCAGCAGAAGUGGCAGUGCCAGUGGCUCGUUUUUCUACAAGUCAGACUACUGAAACUGGUGCUGCCCCUGCUGCUCCUGUUUCAGGGGCUCCUAAUUCUUCUCCUUUGAAUAUGUUUCCUCAGGAAACACUUUCUGGGGCUGCUGCUGGUGGAGAUGGAUCCCUGGAUUUCCUCCGGAACAACCAACAGUUCCAAGCGUUGCGAACAAUGGUGCAAUCGAACCCACAAAUUCUGCAGCCUAUGCUACAAGAGCUUGGAAAGCAGAACCCCCAGCUUUUAAGACUAAUUCAAGAGCAUCAUGCAGAAUUUCUUCAGCUAAUAAAUGAGCCUCUUGAAGGUUCGGAAGGGGAUAUAUUUGAUCAGGCUGAACAAGAAAUGCCUCAUGCUAUCAAUGUUACCCCGGCAGAACAGGAGGCCAUUGAGCGACUUGAAGCAAUGGGAUUUGAUAGAGCCCUUGUGAUUGAAGCCUUUUUGGCUUGUGACCGAAACGAGGAAUUGGCAGCAAACUAUUUGUUGGAAAAUGGUGGAGAUUUUGAGGACUGAAGGUGGAAUCUUAACUUGGUUUGAUUCAUAGUUUUGAUCGAAGUAGAUGGAUAUGAGUUAAUAUAAUUUGGCAUGUUUGAAUGGGCACUGUUAGGGAUUAAGCAUUGAUAAACUAAUGAGUGUUUGAUCAAAAUUGUUUCUAAUAUAUAGGCUUAUCAAAAAUUCGUUUUAUUUCGUCAAAACAUGUUCUGUAGAGUAACCUAUUGUUGUUUCUGAUGUUGAUCGUUCAGAGUUCUUGGAGGGAUCAACAUAAUUAUAUGAAUGAAUUUCAGGGGGCAAAUUUUAAAUUUCCAA